UCAGCUUUUGAUAAACAUUAAACACUUUCACUUGAAAAGAUGGCGUUACUUUUGAUGGAAUUCUCUCUUAUAACUCUAUCACUUCUCUCAUCCUCUGUCCUCUCCUAUCGACAGUACAAUGUCCCUUGUACUCCAUUCACUCCUUCUUGUGUGUGUCCUCUAAUGGAUGAAGCCGGAAAGAAAGUGGAGGUCUGUCUCUUUUCUCUCAAAAUUCAGACUCUUCGAUCCUUUACCAGCUACUACCUGCCUUCAGAGCUGGAGGGGAGAGUCGGUCAUGGCAGUAACUGGUACAUUAACUCGACCAGUGGGGAGUUCUUGCCAUCGACAAAUUCUAAAGGAAAGUGUAACAAAGCAGAGAAGCUAAUGGCUUCUGGUACCUGCUCCAUUCCUUCCUCGUUAGAUGGCUACACAUAUCGUCCCUUUAUUGCCGUCAAUGGACAAUUCCCUGGACCUACGCUAAUUGUUCAUUAUAAUCAGACGUUAACGAUAAACGUGUCAAACUGGUUAAGUGGGGAAACUGUAGCGAUACAUUGGCAUGGGUUAAAUCAGAGAGGAACGAAUUGGAUGGAUGGGGUCCAAGGUCUGACGCAGUGUGGGUUGGAGCCGGGACAAUCAUUUAAGUACAUAUUCCAGGCCGAUCCCCCAGGUACGUAUUGGUAUCAUGGACAUAGUGGUUCGUUGAGAGCUGAUGGACUUUUUGGAGCUCUCAUAAUUAAAGAAGACAUGGAGACUCUAAAUAAAGUGAGAGAAAAAACUGGACUUAAUUUCACUGAUGAUCCCGACCAUCACACUGUGACACUUUUUGACCUUCAGCAGUUCACUGCAAGUCAAGUCCACAGUCUUGUACACAGUGCUCCUUCAAUUGAUUCAGAGACCUCUAAAGGGACAGAAAAGGUAGUUGAAAUUGAUCAUGGUGCCACUGAAGCUUCACACAUACCGUUUUGGUCUGGCUUGAUUAAUGGUAAAGGACGUCAUCCUAAUACCAGCUAUGCAAGCACUAGAUUAAGCAUAUUUAGUAUCUCACCCUCUCGUUUGUAUCGGUUUCGUAUCAUUGGAUCCCAAUCAGUUUAUAGCUACCUCUUCUCAAUCGAUGAGCAUUCAAUGACUGUACUUGCAACCGAUGGGUCAUUUGUUGAACCAAUGUUAACAGACUAUCUGAUAGUGUCAUCAGGCGAGAGAUACGAUAUAUUAGUACAGGGCAAAGGGAUUGAUGACUUAAAUGAGAGAACUAGUUUUAUGAUAAGAGCAAGAACGCUUGAGCCAAUUCCUAAUUCCAAUGUUCACGAUCCUUUGCUGUACAGGGCAGAUCACACUGCAGAAGCUCUGCUACACUAUGAUGUGUCUCCAGAACCCAAUUCAACUCAAUAUACUAACAUUGCUCUCAAUUCUAUACCAAUUGAUGAUAAGUGUACCGAAGGGGACCCAUGCUUUGUUCUUAAUUGCCCAUUUCCUUCAUUCCCUCCAUCUUAUAACAUUACUUGCUUGCAUGUUCACCAGCUCAAGCUAUUAUAUCCAUCACCAAAUGAAGACUUACCUCAUGUUGUUCCUGAUAAGAGAGUGUUCCUUAAUUUUGCUUUUAGCGGCUAUGAUGGAAUGAGCUUAGUGAAUGCUAGGAAUUUCAAAAUGCCCAUUGCUCCUCUCUCUUUAUUAAAUUCUUCUGAAUUGGACGUUGCCAGAAAAAAGACAUUCUGUAAAGAUGUGAAGAAUUCUUCGUUAUGUGAUUCCUUUUUCUCACCUUCCUGCCUCUGUACUAAUGUAAAGACAGUCUCAUUCAACCAGUCACUGCAAAUGGUUUUCUCUGCUCUUGGCCCUAACCCAGACAACGUUUUGCCAUUCUUUAAAUCACACCCUAUACACCUUCACGGACACCAGUUUAAAGUUGUUGACGUUCAGUUUGGUUCUUAUGAUAGUACAGGUCGUCUCAGUAGAGGCAAUGCAGAUAUUGACUGUGGCGGAAGCCAUUUGUGCACUGUACCAGAUUGGAAGAGUGGCCGAGAUUAUUCCAUUGGUAGAGAGGGCAAGGUUGAUCCUUUAGCUCCUCUUAAAGAUACCAUUCAAGUCCCUGCUGGUGGUUAUGUCGUGGCUUAUGUAAGAACUAUUAAUCCAGGCCAUUGGUUUCUUCACUGUCACAACGAUCAUCAUCUUAGUACAGGGAUGGGAUCUGUUUUAAGCGAAGCUAUUGAUAUGUUACCUCAACCUCCAAUAGAGAUGAAGAGACAAUGUUAUACAUUACUGGAUGUCACUUCUGAUUGUAUAAAUGGAACGAUAAGUGAAAAUGGGCAUAUAUGUCACCGUGAAGGGAGUGUUUCAUUGGGAGCAAUUUUUGGACUAUUUUUCCUCAUACUAGUGUCAUUAGUACUAUUAGCUGCUGCAAUAACUCAUCUCUGCUAUUGUAUUAAAUGUUGCAAAGCUAAGAAGCAUGAUCACAAGGGUGCUUCAGUUAGCUUAUUGAUGACUAGAUUAGAUGGCUCAGACUCAUCAGAAAACGAAACGUAAAUUGGCUAUAAAUCAUUUAUCAACCAAAAAUAAUGUUUUUGAUAAUUUUAACUUAUUGUAUUAUUAUUAUUA